GAGAGGGGAUUUUAUCGGAUUCCUGCCUCCUACCAGAGGGCUGAUGGGAAGUGUGGGGAUGUUGCAUACGAACGGUCUCCGCAGUACCCCCACAUGUGGUUCAAAUCUAUCUGCAAUCCAAAAGGAGACACACCGUGUUGUCACACAAAUAGAUGUAUCAACGUCAGUGAAACUGACUGUCGUUGUCCGACGUGCUAUGAUGAACGGCAAUCAAUCCACGCCGAGUAUGCGCAAUGGAAACCGGAAGACGAUCGUUGUAUGGUUAAAAACUUUACUUCAGUAGAAGCAUGCAGCCUUCUCAACGGAACAACCCUUCAUUUUGUAGGAGAUUCUUUUAUCAGGCAUGUCUUCGCAGCUAUGGUUAUUCUUCUGACUAACAACCCUGAGGGUGCAAUAAAGGCCAGCUCUCCUCAAAAAGUACGAGACCAUUGUCAAGGGAUGCACCAGAUUACAUGGUCCGAGUGCAGAGAUUAUUUGGACAUGAACCGCAGCUUGUGCGGAGGCACUGUGAAGGUAAAGAUUAAAAACAAUACUGAUGUUGGACAUACAAAACGCCUACCAGAUCUAGUCAGUUCAGAUUUUCCAAAGUCUCAUAUUUUAAAAGCAGAGAAUCUGGAUAUAUCGAAUUCAUCUAGAGUCAGGAGAAAGGCAGAUACUGGCAACUCCCCACUUCCGAUUACUUCUCAAACAUCACCACGAACAACUGUGGACAACAAGCCGUGGCCUCGACUUCUAUGGAUAGGGGCACAUUCUCCCGGUCUACUGAAAUCUUCCAAGUUUAGCGAGCAGACGGCGGCAGGUGUGCAGAGCUUCAACAAGAAUGUCUAUAAAGUUCUGAAUGACUUCAAAGUGCCUUACCUGGACACGUUUGAAAUGACCAAGGGGGUUGUUAGCUUUGAUGGGACGCAUUAUGGGUAUGGGAUCAAUAUGUUAAAAGCGAAUAUGGUGUUAACAUACAUACAACAUGAACUUUCCCGUGAUCCUGAGUGGAGAUGA